GCUUCACUCAGCUUGUACAGCGUAAUGCCUCCGUGCGCGCGCUCUCCUUAUUCAGGCAGAAUUACGUCAUCGCAUGGCACCGAGGGGGUUCGGCAGGACAACAACAAAAACACAGCUGCAGGAAACCAUUUGUACGAUUUAAUCUUUAUUUUUUAUUUAAAAAUAUAUAUAUAUAUUAAAUUUAUUCCGUGCGUAGUAGUGUUUUUAUUAUAAUUUAGAAAUAAAGAACAAUUUAAAACCCCAACAUUUCAAGGCGCGAGGCAGAAAAGAUAAGAGGAGCUGCGCAGCGCGUGGGGGCGGACCACAGUAGGCGCGCGCCCGCUGACCUCCUCGGAUCUAACGGAGGUUUGAAGCGAACAGCAUCAUGGCAGCGCUGUCGGGAGGAGAAAUCUGCAUCAAAUACUUGAUGUUCGCCUUCAACCUGGUGUUCUGGCUCGCAGGCACGGCUGUGUUUGCCAUCGGCAUGUGGCUGAGAUUCGACCCAAAAACCAAAGGCCUGUUUGAAGAACCAGACUCUCCUUAUGUGUUUUACACCGGUGUCUACAUCCUGAUUGGAGCUGGAGCGCUCAUGAUGGUGGUAGGCUUCCUGGGAUGCUGCGGGGCGAUCCAGGAAUCACCCUGGAUGCUGGGACUG